AUGUGCUUGGCUGGGACUGCCAUGGUCCUUGUGGUUCUCCGAUUCCUCUUGGCCCUUUGCGUGAAUCAAGAUGUCAUGAAGGAUUUCCAAAAGCAGCAGGAGCCAGCAGGACAGGAGAUCCUCGACAACACGGCCAUGAAAGUUGGAAUUCCCAUUAUUGGUUUGCUGUUUGCAUGCGUGAUCCCAUGCUGUGGCUACUUUGGUGCAAAAAACAACAACAGCACGGCUGUGUGCUUCUUUGCAUACUGUAACUGCUGUUUCGGUUUCAUUCAGACUCUUGCUGCAAUCCUUUGCGUGGUGGGCAUCGUUGCGAUGUCAGUGCUGAGUGAGCAAUGCAAGCCCGGGGUGGCCACAGACCCACAAGUUCAGGAGACAUGCGCCAACGUGCUGAACAGCUGCAAGUACAUGAAGAGUGAUCAUUUCGAUUUGCAGAACUACGAUGGAUGUUACGACCAUAUGAGCGAGCAGUUCUCUUUCGCCAUUGGGAUUCUCUCAGUGAUCUUGGCCAUCAACUGCUGCACCUGCUGCUUGGCAUGUGCAAGCUGCUGGUGGGGUCGUGAGCUACACACUUCCAUGCAGUUCAACGACAUUUGCAUGGACUCAUCCGAUGAUGACGUGUGA